CGGCUGCAAUGACUAUAGUACACAUCAUCCCCAAUACAUUCAAUAAAAGACACCGAAAAAACCCCCUACUUUUGCAAUAUAACAGCCAUGCUAGAGUUCUACCACCCGCCCUAUGUGUUCCCUAUUAAGGGUUAAUUAAUUUAUGCUGAGGGUUAGAAAAAUCCCCCUCUCUUUCUCAUUAGAGAUUUUACCUAGCAAGGUGAAUUGUUGGUGUAGAACUCCCGUAAGAGGCUUGUCUUCACAUGGCAGGUGAACAUACACUUUACUGUCCAUUGGAGUAAUCCUAAAAACCUCCACUUAUCGAAGAGUGCGGAGGGAUUUUGGGAAGGAACGCAAGUAAUUGUUUUCCUUGGUUUAUAAAGAAAUAUUUAAGGAUUUUGUUUUUGUAAAGAGUUUUGCAGAAACUGGAAGAGUUGAAUGUGGAGUUGGAGGACAUUCCAUAAAGAAAGGGCAGCACUUGAACAUAUCUACUAGCCAUAUGAAUAUACAUUUCCUGUGUCUUUGUGUAGCUCUGUAUCUCAUUCUCCUCUCUCUGCAUGUAGGCUUUGAGGUACAGGAAGAAGGUUAUUUGGCAAAAAUCCUUAUAGCAGAAGGGACACGAGAUGUACCUCUGGGGACCCCUCUGUGCAUCAUCGUGGAGAAGGAGUCCGAUAUUGCCAGUUUUGUGGAUUACAAGGAGUCCGCUGUAGUAGAUAUUAAACCUCAACCAGCACCCUCUGCUCCGGUAAUAAAAUCCAGCCAUUCCAAAUGGCACAUGUUUCUUAUAGACAUUUACAGGGGCACUUCUAACAUUAAAAACUACUGCAGCAGAUUCUAGUGCCUCUGAAAGUGUGUCAAACACAUUUUCUCUUUCACAUACUUCACGUGUUCCUUAUUUUCAAUGAAAGCUCUCUUUUUCAAGAUCCCAGCACUUUUUUUUUUUUUUCCUUUUUGACUUGUCGCCCCAGUACCUGUAUAGUGUGAGUGUGCACUGGUGUCUCACGCUCUGCAAUUCAUCCUUUUUAACGUGCAGGAGCUGUGCUACGAACGUACACGCAUACAGCACUGCUCUCUGCCUGUUGCCUAGAGCCAGACAGGGGACAAUGCUUGCGGCACAAUUUUUGCAGGUUGUGUAGACUGAUAUGCCCUGUGUGAUCAGGCGGUGCAGACCUUUACCUUCUAAUUGCUCUUUGUGCAGCACUGCCUGCUAAAUCUCAAUCUAACUGCAUUGUAAGUACAGUGAAGUUAAUUUAUUUUACCUGUGCCUGCAGUGUACAUGCGUUUUUUUUUUUUCUUCCUCUUUUGUUUAAAACGUUUAAUGCUCAGAGCGACUGUUGAUUUUGGCAUGCUAUGUUUGAUCAUUGCUAUUGGGAGUAUUGUAUAAAGUGAAGACAUCCGUGCACGAUUAACUAGCAUUCCACUUACUUCACCAUAAUCUCCAGCUGGACUCUCUCCUUGCUGUCAUUAUUUUCCUGAAGGCCUGUGAAAUAGUAGUAAUGGUUUCAUUAUACAAUGCUAUUUUUAGUUCUUGGUAUAAACUGUCAUUAUUAGUUAUUGAGCUCUAAUGAUUUUACUAUUUAUUUUUAUUAAUUUUUUUGGUGUAUGUAUUAGAUCAGGGAUGGGGAACCUUUGGCCCUCCAAAUAUUUUGGACUACAUCUCCCAUAAUGCUCUUACAGCUAUAAUGCUGGCAAAGCGUCAAGAGAGAUGAAGUCCACAUCGUCUGGAUGGCCAAGGGUUCACUUAUUCGUGAAUUAGAUUAAUGGUUUUAUUUUUAUUUUUCCCAGUGAAUUUAAGUAAUUUUGCUAUUGACACUACAUGCACUAUUAUAGCUUAUGUCCCCGGAAAGAUAUCCCCUGUUUUUAUUUGCAGAAAUUGCUUCAUAUUUCAGUCCCGUCUUUACUCCUAUACCAUACAGGGAAGAUCAGUAUAUAUUUGUGACUGUCAUCGUGUUCACUGCGUGGACUGCUAACGCCAAUGGACGCAUUUGUUAGGGAUAAUAAUAAUGAGUUAACCCUGAUAAUACAAUUUUAACUGUCAUGUGCUUUAUUUUUUAAGGCUGCAGGACUGCCUUCACCUUCCCCAGCAACUACAGCUCCCCCACUUGGCACGCCAAGUCCUGUUUCUUCCGGUGCUAAGGGGAGGGUAUUCGUGAGCCCUCUAGCAAAAAAACUUGCAUCUGAAAAAGGCAUAGAUAUCAAACAAGUGAAAGGUGAGUGUCGAUCUGGGUACUUCGAAGGUGGGUCUGGUUGUAGUUUGUCCUAUGCAGUAUUUACUCUGAUGAAAUGGAAUAAAUGGCAUCAAUAUAUUCACGGUUAUAAAAGGAAAUGUUCUUUUGAAAUACAUUUUCAGGUUACUACCUUGUUUGCCUGAUAACGAUGAUCAAGAUUGAUAGUGUAGCUUGCGUAGUUAAAGAUGGCGGCAGUAUAUUAAAGACAUUUUGUUUCUGUAUAUGUGUUAGUCCUUAGGUAUAAUUGUCUCUGGAUUUUAUGGAGUUACAUAUAGCUUUUAUUAGAGCACCCAGGAAAUGUGUAUGAAAGUUUUGCAUUUAGAAGUGAGUGCUAUUGCACCAAUGGUUUUCUAAUUAAAUAAGUAUUUAUACAACUGCUGUUUGUGGCUGCCACCAUUAACUUCUUCCAGACAAGGGAUUAGGUAAAUACAGUGAAAUGUCGCAGGCUUUAAUUCAGUCCCAUCCAAUAUUUACACUCUUACUGGUAUACCAUACACAAAGUAUAAGUGAUAUACCUUAAAAUACUCUUCAUAGGGGUUUGAUCCUCUGUGGAGAAAAUGGUUCUGUCAGGACAAGGAAGUAGUAAAAUCCUUGAGUGAUCCUACUUUUAUUCCGGUACAAAUACAUUUUUAUUUAAUGCUGUUCACUUUGUUUCAAAUAUCUUUUAUUUAUUCUUUGCUGUUUUUUUUGGUUCUAGGUACUGGCCCAGAUGGCAGGAUUACAAAGAAAGAUAUUGUUGCCUUUGUACCUCCUAAGGUUACUGCAGUAAGUCCCAUAUCAUAUCCUAAACUGAACCAAUUAGUUCCCAUUAUUCCGUAGUGUUGGUGGAAAAGAAAAUUCCAAGCUUUGUGCUGUUUUUAAAGGGAUUUGUAAUGAUGGCAAUAAAGCAUUUGAUGUCCAAGUCACUUUGUUAAUCUCUGUCAUCCGAAGUAUAGUAUUUAGUGAUUGUCCACUGUUUUUAAAAGUAGGAUGCUGUUUUUUUAUAUAAAAUACCACUUAAUGGCUAAUUUAAUAAAAAAUUAAUGCACAUUUUAGGUCAAAAUAAAAAAUAAAAAUAGAAAAUGUCCAGUAUAUGGCAAUUCCCUUGCCCAUUGACCACAUUUCACCGUUUAGAGAGUACGCCCUUCAGAGAAACUCACAAAUGUAAAAGUCAAAGAACCUGCCUGGCUGGCUCUCCUUCCAAUUUCUUUAUUAUGUGUUGCGGUUUACAUAACAGGGAAAUAUUAUGACCUUUACAAACAUUUGUGUGCAUGGAUUUACAAACUCUUAGAUCUGUAUACCAAAAUGAAAAGGCUUGCUUUAUUCCAGACAACACAGACUUUGUUCUGUUUAAUUAUACAAUUGCUGAAUUAAGCACUGCGUGCACAUAACUUAUUCUUUGUCCUCAAUGGGAGAUUUAAGGGCGUUCUAUAGGGGUGUCUGUGUAUAUUUCUGCAUUUUAAUACGUUCAGAAAUGAUUUUAGUCAAUCGGCUCAGCUUUAAAAUGAAUGAAUGUCUUUCUUUAGAAGUCUAGGUUUUGAGGUACUUGCACAGUGUAGUUUUUAAGUUUGUUUUUCUUUGUCCCUGUCUUUACUGUUAGGCUCCGGCUGCUGCUGUACCAACCCAGGCAGUUACUCCAUCUCCAGCUGUGGCAGCUGUUCCAACUGGGGUCUUCACAGAUGUCCCUAUUAGCAACAUCAGGAGGGUAAGAGCAUACAAUUCCAAGCUCCUUCUCUCUGCCUGCAGUUUCUCUGCUAGUUUGCUUAUGCAGGUUUCCCCUUGUUUGUUUUGUGUAGCAUUAAAUAAACACAUUGCUUUUUAGCUCAAGUCUAAAGCAUAAAAUAUUUGUAUAAAGACGUACAUAGUAAAACCAUUCUUGAAAUUCUAAGGAAUAGAAGUUCUACAUGUAUUUUUAGCUUUGGUGGUUGUGACCUGUUAAACAGCCUUAGGAACCAUUCAUUGGCAAUGAAAACAGUAACUGAGGUUUGCCCUGGAGAAAUUGCUUGUAAAUACAUAGAUUUAAAAAGAUCUGUAGCUGUGAGAAUAGUGGGUUUUAUUCACUAAACUGCAGCAAAAUUUAGUCUAAAAGAGUCAAGCUGUGUCUAUGCCAGGGAAUUUUUCCAUAUCUGCUGUUUUUCCCAAAAUGUAGCCAUUCUGAUACCAGUUUGCUAUAAUUCAAAGUCUAGUGAAUAGAUUACCUGUAGGGAAAUAUACUAUUAUGGCUUCUCAUAUGUGGUCCUUUCCUUCUAGGUAAUUGCCCAGCGGCUCAUGCAGUCGAAACAAACCAUACCUCACUACUAUCUCUCCAUUGAUAUUAAUAUGGGAGAAAUUAUUGAAUUAAGGAAGGAGCUGAAUGAGGUAAGAGACUUAUUUUUUUUUAUUUUUUUUUUAUUUUUUUUUAUCUAUUCGGUACUACCAAUACCAGGGCUAGGAAAUUUCUUUGGAUCCAUAGCUGUUAGAAAUACCACUGCUGCUGAUCCAUAUUGAUUGAGAUGGUUUUAGUUCACUAGUAUGUUUGUAGAUCAACGCAUCCUUUCUAGCAUACCUGAGAACUGCAGAAUUUAGUUUUAGAACUUAUCUCGUCUUGAUAGGGUUUGAAUAUAGAGUGGCAAAGUAAGUGUCAGCAAUGGGACACAAUGGAUAAUUUCCAUAAAAAGAAACUUGGCAGUGUUGGCAUUUGUGACCUGCAUAACGUUUUAUGCAGAACUGAACAUUAAAGGGACACUCCAGGCACCCAGACCACUUCUGCCCAUUGGAGUGGUCUGGGUGCCAACUCCCACUACUCUUAACCCUGCAACUGUAAUUAUUGCAGUUUUUUUAUAAACUCAAUAAUUACCUUGCAGGGUUAACUCCACCUCUGGUCACUGUCUACUAGACAGCCACGAGAGGGCACUUCCUGGAUCAUAGCACAGAAAACCUGUGCUAGAGUGUCGCUGGACGUCCUCACGCUGUGUGAGGACCUCCAGCGUCGCUUAUUUCCCCAUAGGAAAGCAUUGAAAUGCAUUCACAGGAAGAAGCAGCGUCGUGGGAUUGGGACGGAGAGGGGACCUGCAGUGCCAGGAAAACGGAUUGUUUUCCUGGCACUGGAGUUUCCUUUUAACAAUAAAUCUGCUGACAUCCGAAUCAUGAAAUGUCUUGUCCAUUGCAUUUGUUUCACGAUGCGUCAAUGUGGAGCUUCAGAGUUACAUAAUUUGUCCGUAUAAUAAUUACAUUGAAGAAUGGAAUGAAUGAACAAAUACCAGCUGACUGAUUAAAAACUGUCAAGUGUUGGAUGGCUAGCAUGCUUCUAUUCUAUUGUCUGCAUUUGAAAUGGUUUCAAUAGUAUGAUUGUGAGUUGGCCCUUUUUCUUGCAGGUUCUCAAGCCUGAAAACAUCAAGCUUUCCGUGAACGACUUCAUCAUCAAGGCCUCGGCCCUGUCAUGUCUGAAAGUGCCGGAGGCUAACUCCUCCUGGCUGGACACAGUCAUUAGACAGUAUGUUUCCCUGGACUGUUACUGUAUCGUGAUACCACAACAGAGCUGAAAGAAUAAUUAAGUAAAAGAGUCACUUCAGAGUAGGGGGGGGCCUCUUGUGCAGUGUAAGCUUGCCAAGUUGAAGUAGGUGGUUGGGCAUAGCUUUCUCUCUGAUAUCUCUGGGUGUUGGAGUGAAAUUAUAGCCACAGAGAAUUCUGACAUUAUAGACACAAAAAAUACUUUUGUUAGACCUGCAUUUUGAUGUCAAAUAUCUCCUGGGAUUUACAUAAUCUAGAAAUUACAUAAUGAGAAAAUCUGUCUUGUAGGCUGCGUGUUUCUAAAAAUAAAGCUGACUGCUCCCCGUCAACUUAUUUGAAAUAUUGUGGGAACUUUAAGAUAGGCUACAUAAAACAAAAUCAUUUUUUGUUAAAGAUAAACCUACUGCUCUACAUGGUCUCAAUAAGUCAGAUCUUCUGGGUGAAGAAUUGAGGUUUUCAGUUAAUUAACAGUUCCACUUUAAAAUAAAGAGUGAAAAAAAAACUUGAAGGCUUGCAGCCACCAUAAAAAGCAGUGCUAUCAGAUUUUGUGGCUUUAAAAGACCACUAUAGUGUGAGGAAUACAAAUGCGUAUUCCUGACAUUAGGUCUAAAUAACAGUUUAGGUCUCCCUGCCUCUUACCUCUGGUUAAGAGUAAGUUUACUCACCUUUUUCCAGCAAUGCACUGGUCCUGUGUUUAUGAUCUCACCCAGUCCAAUGGUUUCCCAUAGGAAAGCAAUUGAGAGGCUAUCGCGCAUGUACAGGAAAACGCAUUGACUCAGUGCAUCUCUGUGAGAAACGUUCAUGCAGAGCGUGGAGACGCUGAAUGUCAGUGCAACGUGCAGCACUGACCCAGGAAGCGCCUCUAGUGACAUCUGAGUGACAGCUACUGGAGGGGUCCUUAGGCAGUAAUGUAAACACUGCUUUUUCUCUGAAAAGACUGUGUUUACAUUACAAUGACUUAGGGGACAUACUAUACACACCAGAACAAAUACAAUAAGCUGUAGUUGUUCUGGUGACUAUAGUGUCCCUUUUAAUGAAUGUUUGUUUCUCCAAUAUUCCAAUCCAACCGAAUACUAAAUGGAUGAAAUGAUGGGUACGUUUCUGUCUGAGCAUCAGAUGUUAAUAUGCUGCUUUUCAGGUGGUGGUAUUUGAAGGUUCUGGUAGAUAACCAAAGUACCUGUCUCUCUGUUUCAGGAAUCAUGUGGUGGAUGUGAAUGUGGCAGUGAGCACCCCUGCUGGUCUUAUAACACCCAUAGUAUUCAAUGCCCACAUAAAGGGCCUUGCAGCUAUUAGCUCAGAUGUGCUUUCCUUGGCAACCCGGGCACGAGAUGGAAAACUCAAACCUCAUGAAUUCCAGGUGAGAUUGUCAAAUAAAACCUAAACAAACCUCUACAUGGCAAGUGACCCAUUUAUCUUCCAAAAUAUUACAUUAUCAUACACAUGAUUAAAUAUUAACACAGGUGCCUCUAUUUAAGAAUAUUCGUUUACUUCUAAUUCUGGACUUUUCAUUUUAUUUUUAGUCAUUAAAAUUUAAGCAUUUCCCAUUUUUCCGUUUGCAGGGAGGAACAUUCACAGUGUCCAAUUUAGGAAUGUAUGGAAUUAAAAACUUCUCGGCUAUUAUUAACCCACCUCAGGCCUGCAUUCUUGCUGUGGGGGGAUCUGAAAAGAGGUUGUUACCAGCAGACAAUGAAAAAGGGUAAGUAUGCAGACAUAUAAGAUCCAGUGCACCAUUUGGUGGCAUUACAGUGUCAGCACUUUCCUAUCUUGGGGGGGAAAAGUUUUUUUAGUUCUCUAUAUUGUGGUGACUAUAAACAACUGUAAAGCUUACCAUAUUCAUUGUGCUAACUAGCUCUCUUUUCAUUUUUCAUGUAAAAAUAUAUCCUAUUUUAUUAAUCAAUAUGCUAUAUAUUUUUUUUUCUUUCCUUAUAUAUUAUGCUCCAGUUUCAAUUUUUUUUUUUUUUAUUAAUUUUGUUACAUUGACCACUUGUAAUGUUUCAAAUGAAGAUUAUUUCUGGAACUUUUGAAAGCCAAUUUUUCUCCUUAUACUGUACAAAGUGUGUCUUUAAUAUGCUCUAACAUUGAAAGGUGUAAUAUUACAUUUAAAGAUGCAUUUGAAGCACUAAAACAACCUUUUAGCUUAAAGGAACACUAUGGCAUUGGGUAUACAAACGUGUAUUCCUAAUGCUAUAGUUCCUCCUAUCCCUAAUUAAAUAUAGGUUCUUCUCGUUCACCAUAAAAAUAAUAAAAUGUUUUACUUUUUCCAGUGCAGAGGCUUCCUCAGCGCUGCACACCUUUCCACCUUCUGAAAUGUCAGAGAGGAGCAUUGGGGACUUGAUGCACAAGCUUCCACACAAGAAAACAUUGUAUUUAAUGCUCUCCAGUGGGCUUCCGUGUUAGGUGUCCAGGUUUUGGUCGGUCAGAGCACCAGAAGCGCCUUUAGAGGUGGACUUAACCUUGCAAUUUAAAUAUUGCAGUUUCUGAAAGCAGCAGUGUUUUACAGGAUUACAGGAUUAAAAGGAUAAGGCAUGACAUGGUGUGGGUGACUAUAGUGUUCCUUUAUUAAAGCAGUUUUUGUGUAGAGAUCAGUCCCCUGCAGUCUCACUGCCCAAUUCUCUGCCAUUUGGGCGUUAGGUCAGUUUUGUUUCUUUUUAUGCAGCCUUAGCCACACCUCCCGUGGCUGUGACUGGCACUGAAUGCAUGAAAACAAAAUAAUUUUCAAUCAGAUGUAACUUACUUUAAAUGUUUAUAUCUCCUGCUCUGUAAAUAUUACUUUAAUUACAUACAGGGUCCAUGCUGGAGCAUCCUGUAUGUAAUUAGUUAUAUUUAUGCUCCCACUGCCUCCAUGAAAAAGGGGUUUGUUUUUCAACCAGAUCUUACAGCACAGUACUUUUACUUUAGAAGUUAAUAUCUCCUGUUCUAUACCUCUUCAGCCACUUACCUUAAUUCAGCGCCGGGCUCCCUCUGCGCUGGUGACCCCUCCUCCCCCUGCCGACGUCCGCUCAGAAUGUACACUCAUUCAAACCGCCCAUAGGAAAGAAUUAUUCAGUGUUUUCCUAUGGACGUCAGCGUGUCCUCAAUACAAUUUUUGCAUUGAGGAUCGGGGAAGCGGCCUCUAGUGCCUGUCAGGGAGCGAGCAACUAAAGGGCUGGAUUAAUCUUGCAGUUGAUCUGAAACUAUGUUUUCAGCUGCAGGGUUAAAACUAGGGUACCUGGCACCCAUACCACUUCAGCUAUAGUGGUCCUUUAACUUUAGAAUGCUCCCUACUGAAUGCUAUGCAAAUCUUAUUUUAACUCCUUAACUGUAAGCAACAGCAACCUCCCCCACCUUUCCCAUGUGGAUCUGUAAAAACGUAUAUCUCACCAUUAAAUACUGCUUGAUCUUUAAUAUACACGUUAAGGAAAACUGAGCAUAUUACAAUAUUUUAUUUAGUGAUGGCUCCCUUUUUAAAAGACUAAAGUGAGUUUGUAGGGACACUCGGGGCUGUAGGCUGCAUCUCUCUUAAAUAGAAGCGACCAAAAUAAUGAAUCACUGACUGAAUAAAAUGCAAAAGGGUGACAGACCGCAUGCAGUGUCUAAUUGUUUUACAUGACUUCUGCAUUGCAAUAGAAGUACUUUACGUAAAGAUUUAAGAAUGUAAACAAACUGUGACUUUUUAAUAAAAGCAGUACUAUGUUUUUAUUUUAUUUUGUAGUUUCGAUGUUGCCAACAUGAUGUCUGUCACAUUAAGUUGUGAUCACCGUGUUGUGGAUGGAGCAGUUGGGGCACAGUGGCUUGCUGAAUUUAAGAAGUUCUUGGAGAAGCCUACCACCAUGCUGUUAUAAUAGGAGAACAAAGAUCCACUACUUUCCUUGUCCCACAUGUUAUCCAACCAAGCUAUUUAUGUACUCCUGCAUCAAAAGACUCCUAAAUACAUCACUUCUUUUUCCUUUUUAUUUAAAAGAACAAACAAAAAAAACCGUGGUAGUUUUUUUUUUUUUUUUUAAUCUCCAUGCUGUACAAUAACAAGUACCCCACUCCGAUAACAGUUACUGACUUUUAAUAAGACGGUCCAGCACUUUGCCAGGUCUGGUUGUUUCUUCCAUGUUGUAUCUUAUCCUAAAGGUCAAUUUUCCUGAUAUGAUUUUAAAUCAUGUCUGUGACGUGCUCCAAGGGCAAAAUAUGCAUCUGUGUAAAUGUAGGGUCUGUGUGUAUUUCAGAUGGUCUAAUAAAUAGAAGGUUGAUGGUUUUGGCCCAGCUGUCAUUUGCUGGGAAAUCACUUUAAUGGUCUAUGAAUAUUUUUUUUUUUUUUCUUUCAUACAAGUUUUUAUGGUAAAAAAUGUACAUUUACAUCACCAAGUUAAACACGUUAAAACUAACAUUUCUAGGAAAAGCGAAUGAGAACCACCUUGUGUCAUGCUCUCCUGUUUACUUAUGGAGUAAUUACAGAGGUUGCAUAUAAGUCUGUCACAGAGACUCUAGUCCAGGUCUGCCUAUCUUUUGUAAAUUUCACUUCUAAUGCCAAAGAGCAGAGAUAUCUCUUCCUGCUAUUCACUUGUGGUAUUGUAGAAGUAAUGGUGUAAUUCCUUAUCUAGCACUUUCCUAUGCUACAAAGCUGAGCAAUAUUGAAGAGAAGAAUCAAGAUGAUCACCCACUCUACAACCAGAGACUGAGCACUUGAGCUUCACCACAGACCUAUAAAGGGGGAGAGAUCUUGGCUAGGGCACGAGGUGGUAAACCUGGUUAUAGGGUAUUCAUUAGUAUACCGCCCUUAAACGAUGAAAAAUACAAGUCAGCCGAUGGUUUAAGCCUACACUUUAAAACAAACAGCAGUGGCUCAACGUCAAAUAAAAGCUACAGUACAAUAACCUUGGUAAGUCUGUCAUUCAAACACUCCUCAAUAUCGAACCAAACCCCCAGAAACAAGGUCCAAGUACAUAGAUCAGGAUGGGUGAUCAGACAUUUCAGGAUUCUGUUUCACUCUAAUAAAAAUCUAGUUGAUGUUAUAAAGCGGUCUUUAUAUACCUGGAUUGUCAUUUAACUCAUAACUGGAAUAUAUAAAUCUUUUCAGUUUCGUUAUGCAAAUAAUUUACAAUUGCCAUAUGUUAAAGGAACAAGACAUUUCAAAGUAUAGAAUUGAGGAUAGGUAGGUAGAUGCAUUGAAAUACAUUGACAUUUUUGUUUUCCUAUUUUGGAGAUAAUGGUUUGUACAUUUUGAUAUUCAAGGCUGUUUUGUUCUUCCAUCAGAUGAAAUUAUUUUACAAGAUUUUGUUACCGUGUUCUGUUCUUCCAUCUGACACAAUUUUGAGAAUGUUACCCAAUACUAUGUUAAUAUUUUAUUUGAGUAAUUACUGAUUACUGGCAAAGUAACGUUUACUUGAAUACACCUGGUCUUAAGAGUUACAUCCAGAAUUACUGAGUGAACAAACAAUUUAUUUGUGCAAAAAUACAAACAUAUAUCUAGAUAUUCAUAAAUAAAACAUUUUUAUUUGAAUGGGUACACGACCCAAAACAUUUGUGUUCCUUUACUUCAGUGUAAUGUCUGUUACAUUUACAUCUUUAAUGGUUUGUAUUGGACCCCAGCAUCAAAGAGGGUUUGUAUGUGUUAAGUGUUUGUCAAAAGAGUUUGCAAAGACUGGGUUACAUAUUACAUGUCAUUUAAAUGUUUACAUUUUGCCAAAAGCCUUUAAGAUUUUUUUUCAUUUUUAUAUUAUCUAUUGAACAUGAACAAACAAUAAUGCUGGAGGUGGGUUUUGCACCAUAACCACUACAAUGAACUCCAUAUAAAAAGACAAGCUUCAGUCUGUGCAGGCACAGUUCUCUUUUUUUUCCCCCUCAAACCUAAAACUCAAAUCUGUUUUAUUAAACUGUGAACGAGUCUACAUGUAAAAUGUCAGCUAAUGGUUUAUUGUUCUAGUCACUCUGUAAUGAUUAGAAGUACAAAUCCCAUUAUCGCUAAGAUCAGUCCCUAUAGACUAGAAAGAGACUUCUGCAACAGCACCUAAAAAGCUAUAUAACGUUAUUUAUACAAACCCCAAAAAACACCAGCACAUAGGGCCAAAUAUUACACUAAACACAUACUAAUUCUGAUAUUCCUUUUAUAUGUCAUGCUUGAUCCACUGACUACCACCUGUGGGAAAUAAGCAGAUACAUUUUACAGUCCUUAUAAAGCAUACAUUUCAUUGCUUGCAAAGAUUUGGUGGCUGUCACGGAGAUGCUUUAGUGGUUUGUCCAGCAGUGAUGUGUUUAAGUACUGGCAUUGUUACAGUCAGAACAUGCUUUUCUUUGUGAAGUUGUGCUUUAACCGUGUCUUCGUUUACCUGUUGUGGCAGAUUUAAGUGUAGCUGGUAUCUUCCAGGUACCUCAAACAUCAAGUCAUCCU